UUUGAGAAGCACCCUUGAAGCCGCUCCACAGCCGUUCAUGAGAGUUUAAAUGCUGGAGAAUAUUCCCAUCUUCCCACAGCUGAAGAAGCAGCAAGCAGGAGGAAUUACUCCAGGAGAAACUACUGACAUACUGUUGGAAAGAUGGAGUUUGAGGAAGACCCCUGCAGAAUGAGAGAUGAAGAUACAGAGGAACAAACAGACCCAAUGGAAGUGCAUGAAGACAAACAACAUCAGUUUCAAAAACCCCAUCGUUUCACGAAUGAAGAAGGAAAGGCAGUCAUUUCACAGACUGAAAUGAAUUUCACACAAAAACAAGCUGGAAAAACUGGAGUCAAAGGAUCUUUCACCUGUUCUGAGUGUGGAAAGAGUUACAGAGAUAAAAUAAACCUUACGAGACACAUGAGAGCUCACACUGGAGAGAGGCCUUAUACAUGCACUCAGUGUGGAAAGAGUUUCUUUCAAACAGCACACCUAAAUGCGCACAUGAAAAUUCACACUGGAGAAAAACCCUUCACAUGCACUCAGUGUGGAAAGAGUUUCAGAGACAGAAGCGUUCUCAAAGAGCAUCUGGAUUCUCAUUCUGGAGUGAGAUCAUUCAGCUGUGAUCAGUGUGAUAAAACAUUUGUUUUGUCAUCAAACUUAAGAAAACACCUUAAACUUCAUACUGGAGUGAAGCCUCAUGCUUGUUCUUUUUGUGGAAAGAGUUUUGCACUUCUGCAAUCUGUAAAAAAUCACCAGAGUAUUCAUACUGGUGUGAAACCUUAUGUGUGCUUUGACUGCGGGAAGAGCUUUGCUACAACCAGCGACUUAAACAAACACCAGAAGAUUCACACUGGAGAGAAACCUUACAAGUGCUCACACUGUGGAAAGAGUUUUGCUCGGUCAGGAAUCCUGAAAGAUCAUUUGAGAGUUCACACUGGAGAAAAGCCGUACCAGUGCUCUUCAUGUGGGAGGAAUUUCACCUUCUCAUCUACUCUACUAAAACAUAAGAAAAAGCAUUGCCCAAAGUUGCCUAAGUGAGCAAAAUUCACAUUCAGAUCUGUCACUUUCAAGUAAAUAAUUUGAUACUGAAUGUACUUUAAUUUUAAGUUU